GAUAUAGUUCAUCUUUUCUUUUAAUGAUAAUUAGAAUUGAAAUAGUAGUCUAUACAUUAAAACUGCAAAACGUGGUGUUGAACUCUAUUCUGUUGAUAUUGGAACUGACAAUAGUUCGCAAAAUUUUUCCAUGAACAUCCACUUACUGAAUGAAGGCUAAAAUGACUUCACGGAGAAAACAAGAAGAAAAUCAUCUGAAAAUUCUUAAGGAAUUACUUGCACAACCUUCAAAUAAAAAAUGUCUUGAAUGCGAUCAAAGAGGACCUACUUAUGUUGAUGUUACAAUUGGAUCCUUCGUCUGCACAUCAUGUGGAGGAAUUUUGAGAGGUUUGAAUCCGCCACAUCGUGUGAAGUCUAUAUCAAUGACAACUUUCACAGCAGCAGAAAUAACGUUUAUGGAAAGUCGUGGUAAUGAGUGGUGUAGAGCAGUUUAUCUGGCAAAAUAUGAUGAACAAUCGAGAGCAAAACCAGAAUCAAGGUCAGAUCAUUCGAAAUUGAAGCAUUUUAUGGAAUUAAAAUAUGAGCAAAAACGAUGGUAUGAAAGCCCGAGUCAGCAAAGAAAAUUAAUGGAAAGUGUCGCUGCUGCUGCGAAAAAGAAUCGAGAAAAUUCUUCACCUCCUGUAAGACCACUUCACACAUUAUUAGGAAGCGACAGCAAAGUUCAAAUACCAUCAGCAAAAUCUGAAAUUUCUAAAGGAAUAAAUAAUAGCAAAAUCAACAGACCUAUAGCAUCAGAUUUAUUAGGAGGUUCAAAUCCACCAGGUUUAAUAUCUCCUGUCUCUCAGAACAAACAACAACAAUCAAAUCAAUUGAUAAACAAUUCAUCGAGUUCUACAGGUUUUUCAGAUGGAUUUGCAGAUUUUGAUUCUGCCUUUGGUGGAUUUUCACCACCGGCUGCUUCAUCUGCAAGCACUCAAAAUGCUUUUCCGGCAUUCAAUCAAGUCAAUACGCAGCCAAUUGCAUUUACCAACAAUGCAACAGGAAAUUCUACAAAUUUAAUGUCAAGUAAUGAACCUACGAAAAACAGUUCUGUUGAUAAAUACGCAGCACUUGCUGACUUAGAUCUUGUUUUUGGAGCUCAACCGCUCCCACAAGCUACAGAAAAACCUACUGAUUUCAUGUGGUCAUCGCCGGUGAAGCCAGUUCAGCCAACUACUAACAACAUAAUGAUGCAGCAACAACCCACACAACAAAGCCUUUUUGGUGUGUCAGCUCAACCACAGCAGCAACAAAAUAAUCUAUUUGGUUCAUCGCCCAUGAGUAAUGUGAACGCACAACCAGCAUCACAAUCUUCAUGGAUGACGACGCCUGCGGCUCCUGCUGCAGUUCCAGCUCAGACUUUCCCAUCAUCUUCAGCUAGCAAUAAUUGGAAUCCAUGGAACGCGUCAUUUCAACAGCAACCGCAGCAACAAGCUUCUGCCCCAGUUACAAGUAAUCCAUUUUUUAAUCCAACUCCAGUGACAAAUUCCCAAGUUGCGUCAUCUGGGAAUGAAUAUGGGGGAUGGAUACAACCGCAAACUCAAAUGCAGAAUAUGACAGCAAAUACAGCAGGCAUGUCAUCAACAAAUCCUUUUGCAAUGGGAGGUGCACCACCUGCGCAGCCUUCAUUUUAUCAACAGCAACCUCUAAAUAUGCAGCCAACAGUCAAUAAUCCAAGUAAUCCUUUCAUGUUUUAAACAAUUGGAAUUAUGUUCGAUCGCUUGUGAAUGCCAUUUUCCCAAUUUCUCUGUUAGUUGUGUUUGCGGGAAAGGAGGUCACUAUUUCAUUGGAAUGAAGAGCUUGAACACUCUUAAAAUAGUGCUAUUGGAAAGUAUCACAGAACGUUUGCUGUUUGUAAUUAGAGUACGAAUUGAGAUUUAGUUAAAUAACUGUUAGUUUCUAAUCAAACUUUUCUAUCGAACAGCUUAGAAAAUCGUACAAUAACUUAAUAUUAAUAACAAGCAUAUAACUAACAUACUCAAGCCUCAGAUUUCAUAUAUUAUUUUUUAUUGAUUACCCUGAUGGGGUGAACGUAGAUAUUAUUAGGGUACUGUGAGUCUGGCGAAAUUUAUACAUGGCUCAAAACUCUUAUCCAUUUAGGCAAAAAAUGUGACUUGACCUCUGACUCCAGAUUUAUGGAAAUUUGGAUUCUCAAUACAAAUAGUCAUAACAAAAACUUAAGCAUAAGCAAGCAUAAUUGCCUUCUACGAAUGAUCGCAACUUUAGGCUUUUGAAUUUUUGAAUUUGAUUAUCACCAUCAGAAGUUUGAAAUAUAGACUCUGACAAAUUUAAAAGUUUCAAAUUUGAUUAUGAACUCGUGGAAAUACCACUUGAAAAACACACGAAACUUACUAGACAAUGAGCGUGAUAUUGAAAAUCAGAUUGAAACUUGAGGGAGUUACUAGUUGUUAAUAGUGUUGAAUAUAAACAGUUGUUUGCUAAAUAUUUUUGUUUAUUGGGAAUGUAAUUAUAUUAUUUUGUCUCGUAAACUAAGUGGAUAUUUAGUAAUAUAACUACUUGAGCUGGGGUUAUUGAAGUUUUCUGCUUAACAGACUGCUAUACUCUUCAUUGAUCUUGUUCUGGACACAAGAUGUCAGGCAUCUUUAGCACAAUAUUUAUUUUACAUCUUGUUAAUUAUUUUGGAAUUCUUGAAGCCGCUGUUCCGGUGUGAAGCGUUUUGAUCAUCGCCAUCACCAUAUCUGGUUCUAAUGCAUUUUGUUGAAUGUGGUCUAGGAUAAAAUGUAUUCUUGUUGAGUUUGUAUUCCAUGUAAUCUUAUAUUGAAUAUUUUGAAGCCAAUUUUUAGGAAAUGAUAUUUUGGAAGAUGUUUAAUAUAAGAAUGUACGAUUAUUCAAAAUUGUUCAUUUUCAAAUUUAGUUGAUUCAAUUUUCACAUGUCCUGGUAUAAAUUUGACUUGUACACAAGCCCAUUUGGAACUGUGUGGCAAGUAAGCAGAUGCAUAGACAUUUAAUUAGCAAGUUCUAGCGUGUGUAGCUAUAUUUGUUAUGCAAUGUACAAUUCUCUUCCUUGUCCAGUCUGUAAGUAUAUUUGAGUGUGGCCAGUGAUUUACAGUAAUUUACAAGCCAUGUUUUAUGUUCUUAUUACUACUUUGUAACUGUCAGAUAUUUGAAGAAUGUGAAUGUUUCUUAUGGAUUAAUAAUAAUAAUGUUAUGCUACUAUUUCUAAUCGCUUUGUUAUUUCAUGUUUGCGCUAUUUCAUUAUUCUAUUAUCCUACUCAAAAUAAAGUUUAUGUCAAAAGUAAAAAAAAAAUUCAAUUUACCCAAGCCGUACUCAUUGUGCACUCUUUAUCAAUAUUCGCUGGCUUGAGGUGUGGGGAAACAAAUAACAACAUACCUCAUACUUAGUGUAUAUUAUCUUACAGUUAUCUAUUCUUCUUUACUGUGUGGCACGGAAACAAUGAUGAAUCAUCUAUUCAUUCGUAACGUGAUAACGAGAUAUGCAUAAUGGCCAUUGUUGUCGCACUGUUAAAUUAUAUCGGAGUCGAAAAAAUGAAUCGAAUGAUGAACCACGG